GUAGUUGGGCUGCCUGGGGUGCUGUGGCGGGAAGAAAACAAGGCCUCUGCUAAGUUUCUCCAAGGCCAUAAAUCUGCUCCUCCACACAUGCAGGGAAGCACGAAGAGAAUGGGCGUCAUGACCGACGUCCAUCGACGCUUCCUGCAGCUGCUCAUGACUCACGGUGUGCUGGAAGAGUGGGACGUCAGGCGCUUGCAGAAGCACUGCUACAGGGUCCAUGACAGCAGUGCCACCGUCGAGAAGCUGGAGGACUUCAUCAACAACAUCAACAGUGUCUUGGAGUCCUUGUAUAUUGAGAUCAAGAAAGGAGUCACUGAAGAUGACGGGAGACCCAUUUAUGCCCUGGUCAAUCUUGCUACAACUUCGAUUUCAAAAAUGGCCACAGAUUUUGCAGAGAAUGAACUCGAUCUGUUUAGGAAGGCUCUGGAGCUGAUUAUUGACUCGGAAACUGGUUUUGCAUCUUCUACAAACAUCUUGAACCUGGUUGAUCAACUGAAAGGCAAGAAGAUGAGGAAGAAGGAGGCGGAGCACGUGCUGCAGAAGUUUGUGCAGAGCAAGUGGCUGAUCGAGAAAGAAGGGGAGUUCACGCUGCACGGCCGGGCCAUCCUGGAGAUGGAGCAGUACAUCCGGGAGACGUACCCCGACRCCGUGAAGGUCUGCGACAUCUGCCACGGCCUCCUCAUCCAGGGUCAGAGCUGUGAGACCUGUGGCAUCAGGAUGCACCUGCCUUGCGUGGCCAAGUAUUUCCAGUCGAUCUCUGAACCGCACUGUCCCCACUGUAAUGACUACUGGCCCCAUGAGAUUCCAGAGGUCUUCAACCCUGAGAAGGAGAGGGAAGCUGGCGUCUCCAAGUCCAACAAAAAGUCCCUGCGGUCCAGGCAGCAUUAGCUGGCACGUCCUGCUGGAGGUCCCUUCAAGGCYCGGGUCCAUGGAGGGCAUCAGCGUUUCCCCGGCUUCUCUGUUUUUUAUGUUUGUUGGUGACAGGUUUGGAAUAAAAUUGUUCCCAGGA